ACAUUCUUCCAAUCACUCAUCUAACAAACAAAGGAUAUCAGAAAAGAAUUAAAAAAAACGUAACAAAUAGAAAAGAGAGAUGAGUGAUCAAUCCGUCGAGUGGUCUGAUCUACCCGAAGAACUAGUCGAUGAAGUAGCCAGCCGCCUCUUCUCUAAGGUCGAGCUUCUCCGAUCCCGCAGCCUCUGCAAAACCUGGCGUUCUGCGUUUUCCAUCCACAAACGUUACCCCAAACGCCAAAACCGCAACCCCGGACGUGUCCUUUCUCGUUACAGUAGUUAUACAAAACCGUGUCGACUCUCUCCCGCGGCUUUCUUCCGUGUGUUUCUCUCGUCCUGUCGGAACAAAGGAUGGCUGAUCAAAACCCAAGAUGUCUCCGACUCCGAAACCCGUAAAAAGCUACUGCACCCUCUCUCUCGUGUCCCUGUAGACUCCUCUUCCCACCAAACCCUAGAUCUUUUGAAGUAUACCGUCUCAGAGAUUCAUCAGUCUUACAACGUUUAUAGAUACUAUGAUUUCUCUAAUAAACUCACAUCUAACGUUUUCGCUAGAGUUGUCUUAGUGGACAAUCUUGUUUUCGGGGUGAACGACAAGAAGGAGAUCUGGUGGUGCAACAACGAAGAAGGUAAUAAAAACGAUAAGAAUAAUGUUUGGACAAGGGUUUCAGAUAAAGACGCUGAGUAUUUCUCGGACAUAAUAGUCCACAAAGGUCAGAUCUACGCCUUGGACGUAAACGGUGCGAUAUGGUGGAUUAGUUUAUCCGAGCUUAAGAUUUUUCAGUACGGACCUUCGACUCCAAUAGAUUACUACGAGUAUGAUGAUUGCAAAGACAAGAGGCUCAUAGAGUAUUGCGGAGAACUAUGCAUCAUUCAUCGUUUCCGUAAGAAGUUUCGCGUGCGCAGAGUUGAUGUGGAGAGGACCGUUGGGUUUAAGGUUUAUAAGAUGGAUAUGGAGUUGGUUGAAUGGGUUGAGGUUAAGUCUCUGGGAGAUAAUGCUUUUGUCAUGGCGACGGAUAGUUGUUUAGCGGUUUUGGCGAGAGACUAUUAUGGAUGUUUGGAGAAUGCUAUAUAUUUUACAGAAGGUAAGGUUGUGAAGAAUGUUAACUACGUGUUCAAGCUUGGUGAUGGUAGUGUUACUAAGUCGGUAAAGACUUCUUCUGAGAGUUGUUUUCGUAUGUUUUAUCCUCCUUUCGUAUGA